AUGGACAGCUGGAUGUGGGGUGCCUGCAUCCUCUGCCUGCUGAGCCCAUUAGGAGUCGUUCUGGGCCACGUGCACCCAGAAUGUGGCUUCAUCGCCCAACUGAGAGAAGAUGAGAGGGCCUGUCUAGAGGCAGCAGAGGGGACUCCCAACACCUCCCUGAGCUGCCCUAGGACCUGGGACGGGCUGCUGUGCUGGCCGGUGGCAGGCUCUGGCGAGUGGGUCACCCUCCCCUGCCCUGCUUUCUUCUCUCACUUCAGCUCAGAGCCCGGGGCUGUGAAUCGGGAUUGCACCAUCACCGGCUGGUCAGAUCCCUUCCCACCGUACCCCGUGGCCUGCCCAGUGCCCUUGGAGCUGCUGGAUGAAGAGAAAUCUUACUUCUCUACAGUGAAGAUCAUCUACACCACGGGCCACAGCAUCUCUGUUAUCGCCCUCUGCCUGGCCAUUGCCAUCCUGGUUGCUCUCAGGAAGCUCCACUGUCCCCGGAAUUACAUCCACACCCAGCUGUUUGCCACCUUUAUCCUCAAGGCGGGAGCAGUGUUCCUGAAGGAUGCCACCCUCUUCCACAGUGACGACACCGACUACUGCAGCUUCUCCACGGUCCUGUGCAAGAUCUCUGUGGCCACCUCUCACUUUGCCACGAUGACCAACUUCAGCUGGCUGCUGGCUGAAGCCGUCUACCUGAGCUGCCUCUUGGCCUCUGCAUCUCCCAGCUCAAGGACAGCCUUCUGGUGGCUGGUCCUUGCUGGCUGGGGGCUUCCCAUGCUCUGCACUGGCACCUGGGUGGGCUGCAAGUUGGCCUUCGAGGACAUUGCGUGCUGGGACCUAGACGACAGCUCCCCCUACUGGUGGAUCAUCAAAGGGCCCAUCAUCCUCUCUGUUGGGGUGAAUUUUGGGCUUUUUCUCAAUAUUAUCCGCAUCCUGCUGAGGAAACUGGAGCCAGCUCAGGGGAGCCCCCACACCCAGUCUCAAUAUUGGCGCCUCUCCAAGUCGACGCUUCUCCUCAUCCCGCUGUUCGGAAUUCACUACAUCAUCUUUAACUUCCUGCCCGACGAUGCUGGCCUGGGCAUCCGCCUCCCCCUCGAGCUGGGACUGGGGUCCUUCCAGGGAUUUAUUGUUGCCAUCCUCUACUGCUUCCUCAACCAAGAGGUGAGGACUGAGAUCUCACGGAAGUGGCAUGGCCAUGACCCUGAACUGCUGCCAGCCCGGAGGACCUGUGCUAACUGGGCGAUGCCUUCCCGCUCAGGGGCGAAGGUGCUGACGUCUAUGUGCUAGGUGGGCCACGUCGUGCCUGGAGUCCAUCCCUGAACUGGGGCAGCUACUCACCAGCCUUUGGAGGAGCAAGACCAUCCUUCCUGCCUCUUGGCUUUUCUCUAGGUCCUUUUAUGUCAUUGCUAACUUCCUUGAUCUGUGUCUCUUCCCAGUAGGUCCUCUCCCUCAAGUCUGGGGCCACAGCCCAAGGCUCCAAGGAGCCCAUAAACUUAUACCUGAAUAGAUACAUGCUCCAGUGAACAAUGUGCCUCUAAAGGGGAGAGCGUCUCCAUCCCCUAUUUGAAUUUCCGGUGCAGAGUUGCAUUUAUCAUUUCUGAGUUCAUGCUGCCUUAUCAGCAUUUGUCUCUGCAGGGAUCCUCAUGUUUUAUUAAUUUUAGAAAUGGAUUCUCUCUGUUCCCACCCCACUCCCACGCCCCUCCUCCCACAGGCAAAGAAGCCAACAUGUGCAAUGAGAUUCUUUGUGUUUCUGUGUCUCUUGCAAAACACGGAGUGUUUCUUGUGUUUCUUCUGAGAAUUUACAUAAAUACUAUUGGUUAUGUGCUUCAUCCUGCUUUCGUGUUUCCCCGCUCAGCACUGUGCUUUUGAGAAAUCCACCCACGUUGCCAUGUGUGUGUCUGGUCCUGUUUGGCCUCAUGGUGCCACAUGGGGCUGUUGUCACAGGUUACCCAUCCCCCUCCCUCUGGGUGGACAUGCACCUGAUGUUCCCUCUGGACUGGUUGGUGUGGGCAAGCCUUUCUCUGGGACUCGUACCCAGGAGUAGGUACCUAGGACACCCGUCACGCCUCUUGUUGACGUGACAUAUUGUGUGUCUGCAAAUUGGCGCUCCCGCCAGCAGCUCUCCAGGUUACGAAACACCUGCAGCCCCCGACACGUGGCACUUGCAGCUCGUUCGUGUUGGCAACCCAUAUGGAUGCACGGUGGCCCCCCCAUUGCUAGUCCUAUGUGCAUUUCCCUGAUGUCUAACAAAUGUGAGCAUUUCUCCUUGUGCCCAUU